AUGGAUCUCAGUCCGAUCGAACAGCAACAGGCUAUCAGUGGACUCAAACAGCGUACCGAAUUAACUUCCUCAGAGGACUCUCCAUCACCUAUCAGACAGAAUCAGGACCAUCACCCCUCCUUCGACAUCCAAUCAGAAUCCGCACAAUCAUCCCCAACAAUCGUUCUGACCUCUCACCAAACAGAUCGCUCCGAUGACCAGCAUCCAGUGAUCAUCCACGAGCAGAUCGAUCCACGAUUCGGCCCAGAGACUCUCCCGAUCAAAUUCCAUUCACCUUCAUUCAAACCUGGAAGCACCCAAGACAACCUCGCCAACAGCUUUGAUGAUAUCUCACUCGAAAACAACCUCGACGAACCUCCCAAACCUGUCCAUCAGGAUUCAGAAUACAAGGAGGAAGAAGAGGCUCAUCAUCUCAAACAACCACCCAGUCCACAAGAGCUGCCCACCCAAAACCCUACUCCAUCAACUCCCAUCUCACCUGAAAACAACAGCAACAACAACCACAAGGGGCGAUCUGGAUCAUCAUCCCCUGCACUCACCGUACAAUCCUCCCGCCCGACUCCAUCUAGAGACUCGACCCUACAAGAAACAUCCACCAUCGCGUCCUUCUCAACAGCUCAAACUGUAGCCAGUACUCAUUCUUCAGUUUCCCCUGUACUGGUCAUCUCAUCGCUAGAGUCGAUCGCCAGCUCCAAAGAAGCCAAGAAAUCAAAAGAGUUGGGCGAGGCCACCAAGGCUGCCCUAGCCCUCCUCAAGGGUGAACAGCUCACCAGCGAUUUGGGUAUCCCAUCGGGCCCCAAUCAAGAAGCUCAGAUCAUCUUACAGCCUCUCAAACUAGCCUGUCAGACAGCCUCUUCCGUCCUCAUGGUCACUGCCUUGGACUGCAUUGGCAAGCUGAUCUCGUAUAGCUUCUUCAAGGUCUCUGAACCCGGCCCUAGUCUAGAAAACAAUGGAGAUAACCCCACCAAAUCAAGCUUUCAAGUCCUGGCUGAUGUCGAGAUGGGGGACGAGGUUACUGGGAUCAUUUGCGAUUGCUUUGCCGAUGCUGCAUGUCCGGAUGCUGUCCAGCUCCAAAUCAUCAAAGCCCUCCUGGCCCUGGUACUGGCUCCCACUCAUCCGGGCGUCCGGAGGCUACAAGUUCAUCAGAGUAGCUUGUUGCGCGCCGUUCGCACGGUUUACAACAUCUUUUUGCUCAGUAAAAGUCCGACUAAUCAAGCCAUCGCACAAGGAACACUUACUCAAAUCGUCAGCCACGUCUUUGGUAGGGUUGAGAAGGGAGAAGAGCCCGCACUCAGAGGCAUAUCCCUCCGAAGGAACGAGUCUUCCCAUCGGCCCCCAUCCUCGCCGAAACCUCAAGACAAUGAUUCUACGGAGCCGCCAGCCGAUGUCUCUGGCUCUCCUGUCACCCCAAGGCCACAAUCUUCCGUUAACACUUCCCCCUCAUCCGUCGUUGUGCACGAUGAAAAUGGCCCCACACCUUCGGCCCCAGAUGCGUCGCAGGAUUCACCAACCAAAAAUACCGACCAAAAAACCAACGCUGGUGUGAGCAAGGAAGAGGCUCAAGUCACUUUGGAAUCGUUCGAGAAACGCAACUCCUUUGAUGGGGUCUCUGAUCGUGACGCAGUCGGCAAUCCAGGAAUCAUGAACAUGCAAGAUUACUAUGUCAAGGACGCCUUUCUGGUCUUCAGAGCACUCUGUAAGCUCUCGAUGAAACCCCUUGGAACAGAAAGUGAAAAAGAUCUGAAAUCCCAUGCGAUGCGAUCCAAAUUACUAUCCCUGCAUCUGAUCCUGAGCAUCCUUAAUACUAAUCUGGCUAUGUUCACCGACCCAAACGUGAUCAUCUAUUCUUCCACCACUCGUGAUCAAACUCCGUUCAUUCAAGCUAUCAAACAGUAUCUCUGUCUGAGCUUGAGUCGAAAUGCUAUCAGUUCGGUACUUAGUGUCUUCGAACUUAGCUGUGAGAUCUUUUGGAAGGUCGUUAGUGGUAUGCGAACGAAACUGAAGAAAGAAAUUGAAGUCCUACUCAACGAAAUUUUCUUACCAAUCUUGGAGAUGCGCAAUUCGACUGUCAAGCAGAAGUCGAUCUUACUAGCUGCUUUGGGUAGAUUAUUCCAUGACCCACAGGCAUUGGUCGAAGUGUAUCUGAACUACGACUGUGAUCGAACCUCCUUGGGGAACAUAUACGAGCGUUUUAUGAACAUUGUCUCGAAACUAGCAACGACCCAAUACACGACAUCGACAACUACAUCUCAAUCGGUCGAGCUGGUAGGCUCACCGAACGCGCCAGGGAACACCGCAUCGAGCGGAAUCUCGGGAGUAUUUGGCAGCUCGACAUCGAUUCCUCCAUCGCUCAGCACGACCUCUAUGUCCCAGGGGAUGACCGAAUCGACCCUGUAUUCUCAUCAAUCCGUCGAAGCUCAGCUGAAACGACAGAGCCUUGAAUGCUUGGUCGCUGGGCUGCAGUCGCUAGUUGCAUGGGCUGGCAAGGGGACCGUCCCCGCAAACGCUUCCGCCGCACCCGGCUCCUCCGCGAGCGCCAUGCAGUCCUCCUAUCCCAACCACAAGGGCCACCAAGCCUCGGACUCUAGUCCAUCCCUUUCUGAGUCCGGCGGCCACGGUCAAGACCCACCAUCAGGAACUGGGGCACCGAUGGCCCCAGCGGAUUCGGUCAGCAACAUCCAUUCACCACAUGCUGGUACUACUGGCACCGGCGAACGUGAACGGAUCGAUGACCCCGAUCGGUUCCAGACCGCUAAAAAUCAGAAAACUACGCUCAUUGAAGGCAUCAGACAGUUUAACUUUAAGCCCAAACGAGGCAUCAAGUUUUUGAUAACCCAUGGCUUCAUUCGCUCCACUAAACCUAAAGAUGUCGCUAGGUUCUUGCUCACCGCUGACGGCUUGAGCAAGGCUAUGAUCGGCGAAUAUUUAGGUGAAGGAGAUACAGAAAAUGUGGAUACCAUGCAUGCGUUUAUCGAUAUGAUGGACUUCAGUAAUAUGAAGUUCACGGAAGCUAUGAGAACUUUUUUGCAAGCUUUUAGGCUGCCCGGAGAGGCACAAAAAAUCGAUAGGUUUAUGCUCAAGUUCGCCGAAAGAUAUUAUCAAGGCAAUCCGGAAACUUUGGCCAAUGCAGAGACUGCAUAUGUUUUAGCAUUUUCGAUCAUUCUCUUGAACACAGAUGCCCACAGUCCCCAAGUGAAAAACCGAAUGACUCGGAAAGAGUUUAUCCGCAACAAUCGGGGGAUCAACCAAGGAGCUGAUUUGCCGGAAGAGUACCUAUCAGACGUUUAUGAUGAGAUCCUGGCCAAUGAGAUCCGAAUGAAGGACGAGGUUGAUGCCGCUGUUGGCGUUCAACACGUUCCAACCGGCUUGGCUGGUAGCAUCGCUACUGUUGGUAGAGAUUUGCAGAAGGAAGCUUACGUUUUACAGUCGGCUGGAAUGGCGAACAAGACCGAGAUCUUAUUCCGGACUCUACUGAGAGGACAACGUCACCGAAAUUCGAGUCUGAGUGACCAAUUCUACGAAGCGUCCCACUUCGAGCACGUCAAGCCGAUGUUCCAAAUAGUCUGGAUGCCACUGCUAGCGGGCUUAUCAGAGCCAUUACAAAACACUUCAGCAGAAAUAGAGAUGAUCAAGUUAAGUCUGAAAGGGUUCAAGCAAUCGAUCAAGAUUGUCUGUCUGUUCGAUCUCGAGCUCGAACGGAAUGCCUUCCUGACCACCCUGUCCAAGUUCACCUUCUUGAAUAAUCUUUCGGAAAUGAAAUCGAAAAAUAUCGAGACUAUUAAGACCCUCUUGGAUAUCGCUUUGGUCGAUGGUAAUUAUCUCAAAUCUUCUUGGAAUUUGAUCUUGAAUUGUGUCUCCCAAUUGGAGCGCUUUCAACUCAUCUCUCAAGGUGUCGAUCUCGACCUGUCUAAUAAUGAGACGGCUUCCGGGCGGAGAAGUUCUACUCAUAAACCAUCGAAAUCUAAACAGAUGAAACCUUCGGAAGAGGUCACUGGUGCUGCUGGAGCAAGUCAUAUAACCUAUGCAGCCGACAUGGUAUUCUCAUCAAGCAGAAGUCUAUCUGGAACGGCUAUUGUAGAUUUUGUACAAGCUUUGAGCUCAGUCUCUUGGGAAGAAAUUCAGGCUUCUGGGCUAUCCGGCAAUCCCAGAACGUUUUGUUUGCAAAAGCUGGUCGAAAUUUCGUAUUAUAAUAUGGGUAGGAUUCGGUUAGAGUGGUUCCAAAUUUGGUCUAUUCUUGGUGAACAUUUCAACCAAGUAUGUUGUCAUCCGAAUGCGAAUGUUAGUUUUUUUGCACUGGAUUCGUUACGGCAAUUGGCGAUGCGAUUUCUAGAAAAAGACGAGCUGGCAAACUUCAAAUUCCAGAAAGAUUUUCUCAAACCAUUCGAACAUACGAUGAUCCAUAGCAGUAAUCUUGAUUCAAAAGAUAUGGUUCUUCAAUGCCUUAAUCAAAUGAUCUCUGUUAGAGUCCAGAAUCUCAGGUCUGGUUGGAGGACUAUGUUUGGCGUCUUUUCCGCCGCUUCUAAAGCUAAGACAGAACGAGUGGUGACACAAGCGUUCGAAUUAGUCCAGCGAAUCAACAGCGAGCAUUUUAGUCAAGUAGUAGCUUAUGGUUCCUUUGCAGAUCUGACGGUCUGCAUCACCGACUUUUGUAAAAUCUCUCAGUUCCAAAAAGUCUCUCUGCAUGCGAUCGAGAUGUUGAAGAACUUAAUUACCGCCAUGUUGGGUUGUCCUGAAUGUCCCUUGAGUCGACCAGUGGGCGAUCAAGCUGGUGUCGAUUCACCUCCUGCUGACGAUAUAAUGCUCAAAUUUUGGUUCCCAAUCCUCUUUGCAUUUUAUGACAUAACGAUGAACGGAGAAGAUUUAGAAGUCCGGAAGCGAGCGCUAGAUUAUUUAUUUGAGACCCUGAAAAAAUACGGUGAUUCGUUCAGCCCCGAGUUUUGGGAUUCGGUUUGCAAGGAGGUUCUGUUCCCGAUCUUUGCCGUCUUGAGGUCGAGGAGCGACGUCUCCAGGUUUAGCACCCAGGAGGAUAUGAGUGUUUGGUUGUCGACAACAAUGAUUCAAGCGUUAAGAAACUUGAUUGAUUUAUAUACUUUCUACUUCGAUACUCUUGGGAGACUGUUGGAUCGUCUAUUAGACCUCUUAUGCGAAUGCAUCUGUCAAGAGAAUGACACCUUAGCAAGGAUUGGUACAUCUUGCUUACAGCGACUGCUAGAAAAUAAUGUGACCAAGUUGGACGAUGAGCGCUGGGAUCGGGUGGUGACGACAUUUGUGAAUCUAUUCCGGACGACGACAGCGUAUCAGUUAUUUGAUUCGAACUUGCGCCAGCCAGGACUAGAGUCAGGCGAGGGUGGUGAACCGACACCGUCGCCGAUGGCGGACAACAAGCGGUUCAUCGUCCCGACGCCAUUGCCAUUGGUUGCUGAGAGUGAGGAUCGGAGCCAAGCGAGCGAGGCGCCAAUGACCUCUGCCGAGAGAAAAAAAGUCUUCCGACAGAUCAUCGUCAAAUGUGUCUUGCAACUCUUGCUCGUCGAGACUGUCAACGAACUGCUCUGUAACACCGAGGUCUAUCAUCGUAUUCCUCCCGCUUCUAUGUUGCGUCUUCUCGCCGAAAUCGAUAGUAGUUAUCGCUUCGCUAAGAAAUUUAAUGCCGAUAAAGAACUCAGAAUGGGACUCUGGAAAGUCGGAUUUAUGAAGCAGUUACCAAAUCUAUUGAAACAAGAAAGUUGUAGUGCGGUAACAUUGAUCCGAGUGUUAUCAAAACUGUAUAUCGAUCAACGACCGGAUCAUAAAGCCAAGCGAAGCGACACGGUUGAGGCACUUGUUCCUCUUGCUCUUGAGAUCAUGACGGGAUACGUUGAAUUGGACCCCGAGACUCAGGGCAGGAAUAUUGCUGCUUGGACGCCGGUGAUGGUCGAAGUUUUGCAUUGUUUCUACAGCCUUGAUAAGGAAACUUUUCAGACAUGUAUCCCGCAACUGUAUAGCUUAUUGGUGGACUGUUUGGGGGGCGAUUUGGUCCCGGAUCUCAAGAUCUAUGUCCAACUUUGUCUGCGUAAAGUUGGCGAACAUGGGAUGGGUCUUGCCGUCACUAGUCAAUUGCCUCGACCUCUCUCCGAUGAUCCUUCCUCUUCUUUAGCCCCUGUUCCUUACAACCCUGCUGAACAAGAAGAUCAAUAAAAAAACCCCUUAUCUCAAUAUAUGUCACUUGAUGAUCACUUUAUUUAUAAAACUACAUAAACUAGAUUCUAUUGUCUAAACUCUGUAAUGUCGUGUGAUGUUUUUGAUCCUUCUGAAUGAUUAUUCAAUCCUUUGUACUUUUGUAUGUAGAAUCAUGUUCUCUCUCCCUUUGUUUUUUGUUUGCUGCUUAGCUUUUUUCUCCUCUUCUUUGUUACUGAUUUACAUGUUCAAUUUAAGAUUUCUUCAACCCUGAUUACAUAUCCUCCAUCUAUUUUUUUGUGGUGAAGAUAUAAUGCAUUUUAUAGAUUUACACACUCAAUCAAAAG